CUUUUCGCGGCGCGAUAAACCCGCGAACCUUGUUUUGUUGUGUUUUUAGUCGACAAGGAGAGAAAAAAAUACGGGCCCCGCUCCGAAGUGUAGUCCUGUGCGUUAGUUAAUCGCUUCCUGUGUCAGUUUGGUUGGGCGUGAAAAGUCGAACUUAUCCGGUCCGAUAUGCAGUGGCGAUGAGAGCUGUUUUCGCGCGCCUCGAUCUGUGCUCGUCGGGGUUUCUGUGACGGUCAUAGAGAUAGUCUGUUAGCGAAAGGGGACGUAUUUGGGAAAUUUUUGAUUGGCCAGGAUGCCUGGACCACCACCGCCACCCCCGGUGGCCCCGCCACCUCCCAUGAUGGCGCCUCCGGUGGCCUUCAAUCCGCCAAAAUCGUCGACAGAUGAUCGAUCCGCCCUGUUGAAAUCUAUCCAGAGGGGCACCAAAUUGAAGAAGGCCGUGACGAACGACAAGAGCGCCCCCGUGAUAGGAAAAGUAACCAGUUCGAAUUCAGCCCCAACUGGGAAUAGUGGUGGUGGAAGUUAUGGGGGUCCUCCGAUGCCUAACGGUAUGGGUUUAGGAGGAUUGUUCGCUGGUGGUAUGCCUAAGCUCAAGCCUACAAAGAAUAGAUUAGGAAUAACUCCUAGUAUCAAUACGAAUCAAAAUAGCUCCGAACAAAAUGGUAACGCAAAAACUCCUAGAGAGAGAUCACCUGUUCCUCCUGCACCAUCAACCUUCAACUUUGCCAGCAUUCAAAACGAAGUCAAGAAGAAGUUGGCUAACGAUAACAGAGACAGAGGACCACCUCCACCGACACCCUCUGCAGACAUUGUAACGGCUGAGCUCAACCACCUUUCCUUGCAGCAGAGCAAUUCGAGCAGUGGCUUUGUCAGCGGGGUUGCAGCGAACCACAGUUCUCUGCACAGGAAGACCCAGAGCAACGUUAACUUGAGCUCUUUAGACACGCAUGCGGCGCCACCUACGCCCGCUUCGGUACUAUCGGCCUCCACGCGAUCGAUCAACCACGGCAAGCCUAACUUGGCCCCCAAACCGCCUAUCUUGAACGGUAAGCCGAAAGCCAGUCCCCCCAAGAGGUUGGUGACCAACGGCAAAGUGAGCAGGGCCCACAGCCUGAAGACCCCCAGGUCUCCCCCGGUUCAGCCUCUGGACUCGCCCGUAGAUACGGCCUUGAAGUACGGCACUGUACGAAACAUGAGCUCUGUGCUGAGCCAUUCCAUAGGUAACAACCUCAACUCAAGGUCAAGGAUGACCUUGAACGGCCGACCUUCGGCCCCGCCCCCUUCUAUACCGGGGACGCCCCCGAACAGCCAACAGCAGGGAUUCUCCGCUCCGGCGCCACCCUCCAAGACUGCGUUGAUGAAGCCUCCAAACCACGCCCCUCCGCCUCCCCCAGGGGCGUUACCUCUUCCUCCAAACCACGCCCCUCCCCCGCCUCCUCCACACAAGACUUUGCCAGCAAAGUCUUCGGGAUUGAGUUUCUCGUCUAGUCAGACUCCUCCUCCUCCACCUCCGCCGAGGAACUCGUCCAUGCGCGACCAAAACCACGCCUACAAGAAGCAGCAGUCCAUAUUGGACUUCGACGAACGGUUCAAGGAAAUGUUCAAGUCUCCCACCUCCUUUCCGAAGCCGCCUCCGUUCAGGAACGUUCUCAAGAUCUAUUCGAACAGACAAGUCGUUAAUAAACAGCAGGCCCCUCCUCCACCAUCGCCGUUACUUCCGAAUAACCGACUUUGGGAUGUGCCUUCCGGCUGUUGAAAAAAUAAAUAUUUCUUAAGUAUUAUUUUUGCUCAAAUCUAUUUCUGUCGAUGUAAACAGAAAAUUACGAAUGGAAAAGAUAGAGAUAAUCGUGAUAUAAAAUGGUGAUUUGAAAGAGUAUAGUCAUCAAGUUAUACUUUGUAAGUGUAUUUGAGUAGCUUUUACGCUAUCGAUGUUUAUUAGGCAGUAAGUUGAUUUUUUUUAAAUCUUAUUUAUUAUUUUAUUUAAUUUUUUACAUAGUUACAGUACCUUUUGAAUAUUGUUCUUUCUGAUAUGCCUUUCUGUCAAAGCCAUUCUUUUCUUUUAUCUGCAGUCAUUUUUGCAGAGACUAUAAAAAAAUAUUAAAAGUGAACAAAAACAUAUUUUUGAAAAUCUCUACAAAUUGCAAGUACUGAAAUAUUCCUCUUCAGUUUUUAUUUCUUGAAAUAUCCAGUAAAAUGAUAGUGUAAAUAUAUGACUACUUUUAGAGACUGUUAGAUUACAGUGAAAUUUACCAAUCAUUAAAAAAAAAGAGUUUAAUAUUCUACUUAUAAGGAAGUCAUCCAACAAAAUAUCUUGUAGUGCCUUAACUUCAAAGAGUUAGUCAAUUUCUAACUGUAUACCAAAUAAAUAUGUAUAUAUACCUAGUAAAGAAGAUGAUGGUAUUCAGUCCAUGUGAAUAUGGUUUAAACAAGUUUUUUGUUCUGUUAAUGAAAAUUAUUCAUUGAUAACUUAUUGAAAUUAUUAACAUUUAGAAUAAAAGUAUUGAUACCAAUAAAGUUGAUUACUACCAAGCUGAA